AUGAGCUUCCUCGCCGGCGGGUACUUCCUCCAGGAGUCAAAGAGCGCCGUCGGCCGCCUCGCGGAGAAGCUCCCGCCGUCCGCUUCGGCGCCCGGGGGUGCGUCGGCGCAGCCCUCCCCCGACGUGCUGCCGGAGAUCCUCCGCCACUCCGUGCCCAUCAAGGGGACGCCGCCCCCGGCCGAAGCCUCCCUCUCCGCGUCCUCCCGCUGGGCCCUCCCGCCGGGCGGCGCCGAGGCUGCGGGCUUGCACCCCGACGCGCUCAACCCGCUCCGCUCCUACGUCUCGCUGCCGCAGGCCACCUUCGGCCCCAAAAGGGACAGGGAGGUAACCAUGCAACCUCUGAGCACUGGGAUUCGAGUUGGGAAGGCAUUCAUUGCUGCAACCUUUUUGGUGUUUGGAGGAGCAACAGCUGUGAUGUUGUACACAGCAGAUAAGCUACAGUUGCAUUCAGUAGAUGACGUGAAAACCAAAGGAAAAGAUGCACUGCAGCCACGAGCUGAUAUGAUUAAAGAACAAAUAGCUCCAUUGAGAAGCUGGGCUGAAGAAAUGUCCCGAAAAUGGCAUUUCGAAGGCAAUAAAGAAGCAAAGGAGAAGUCUGUCAUCAUUAGAGAGCUUUCAAGAGCUCUGGGCUCCAGGACUACCCCUAGUUGA